AUGUCUCAUAAAUGUUUUACAUCUUCCUGCAAGGUUUGCACACACGAGAUGCCCACCGACAUCACUCCCGGAUGGGCCAGUCAUAAGAGGGACAAACACCCAACCAAUAUAUGUGAAGAAGAUCCAAAUUCGAAUCAAAAAUCGCUACCUGGAGUCACCUGGCUAUCGGACCUUUUGAAAGUGAUCAAUGUCAAAAGACAAACUGGAUAUACCAACGAUGAUCCCUUUGAUGUCCCCAAGUCCUACGCCCAUGUACCUCAUCAGUUCCUAGCACCGGAUGGUUUCCCCAAACCUGAAUUCUGGCUGCAUCACGGAUGUCGCUCGGCUAUACCACCCAAGGCGGGUAGUAAAUACGGAAAAGGAAGAGUAGUAGAACGCGCGCUGGAUAGAUAUCGCGAAGAGGGUGUGGAAGGGUUGCCUGAACCUUUCCAGCGCCCUGAGAAGACAUAUAGCAAACCACGGCCGCGUCAUGCAAAGCAAGCUGAGGAGCUUAAUGCUGCCAGAGCUGAAGACCAGUCGCCUGACCAGCAAAUCGAAAAUACCUUUAGUCGUGCAUGUGAUCAACUUAAUGACCCGGUUCUCCCAUUCGAAAACUACGAACGUACCAUGGAUAUCAUCUUGCACCUAUAUACAAUAAUCGAUCAUGGAAAAGGUCAAUUCGUUGACCGGAAAAGCAAGAAACUCAUUUUCACCUACGCUUUUGAAGAUCUUGAAACUAUGAAACCUGAAGAACGCGAAGAACACCAACAGGACGUAUCCACAAUUUUGAUGUCUACCAAGCUUUUUAGAAGAUUACCGACUCCUAAGAAAUCGCCUCAACCUGUCCCACGUGAAUUUCGACCUCGAGCCACUAAAGUAAAUAAAAAACUAUUACCGACUCCUAAGAAAUCGCCUCAACCUGUCCCACGUGAAUUUCGACCUCGAGCCACUAAAGUAAAUAAAAAACUCCACGAAUGUGCCGACUCUGCCGCUCAUGAUCAACAGUUCGAUUACGAUUUGAUCGAUGGAGCUUCCACUUUACCACUUUCUAUCAACGGUGCUUUAUCAUAUAUGCCUUCUUCACCUCUAACUUCGCUACCGCCCUCGGAUUCCGAACCUUUUGAACCUUUAGAAAAGACUCCGCAUUACCAAGAGCCCUAUCAACAACCACCGUCGUCACCCCUUACUUCACUUCCACCUUCCGAUGCAGAAGAUAUUCCAAUAAUUCCACCCUUACUUUCCAGAAAACGUAACACCAUCUCUAAAACCGCCUCGCUCAUCCCAGCAGCCUCCAAGAAGCGUAAGCGGGCCGAUUUGACUCAUGUGGAACCUCUGAUUCCUCCCAAUAAGCGUAAGGCAAAUGUAACCACCAAUGGGGCCUUGAUUAAUGGGAAGAUGUACUGUUUUGGACAAACAGUAGGCUAUACACGAGAUAUCCUCAUCUCACCUUAUAUGCCCAUCAAUGGGUCUUCAAAACCCUUAUACCGAAAAUUUCUUGAUCGGCUCCCUGACUUUGGCGAUCGAACCGGCUCACGAUUCAAAUCCUUCUGUAAUGAAGGAUUCCGAGGGGCUCGCCAGCAGCUCAAUGAUCUUAAAGCACCUUCCAUGGCGUCCACUUCCAAACUUCAACCUUCUGGCCCUCUUGAUUUUGCGGCAAACUUCGCUUUUACUUUUGCCAACUUUUAUAACAAGCCGCAUACGGACAAUGACAAGGGUAAAGUUUAUUGUCUAUGGUACCCAAUAGACAUCAAGACUGGUAAGAUUGUUACUGGUACUGAAGGAUUUGUGCUUGAAGGAGGUUGGUUUAUCUUCCCUGAGUUCCGAGUGGCAAUUAAUUUUGGCAAUAAGUCGGCAGUUCAAAUAGCGUGGAAUGGUAAAAGUACAUUUCAUCACACUAUCCCCUCAAAGGAGAAAGUUGAGCUAAAAGAUGGUGUCAAAGUUCAUUACACCCGCCUAGGAUGUUCUUCACAAAUUACUUACAAGAUGGCAGUAGCAGCUGGAAAGAUUGGCACAGAUUGCCAGUUCAAUUAUACAUCCAACUGUGAGCGUAAUGUCAGGGAUGCAGAUGACAUUCUGGCACUGGAAGACCGUCAUUGGAAAAAUUGA